AUGUAUAUUGCAGCAGAUAAUUUGUCUGGUAUUGAUCAUUCUGUACUCUCUGAUAUGGGUCGAAGUAUAUUAACUUUGUCUCAAGUGGUACCAAUAAUGUGUGAUCCAGCCAAAAUUUUUAGGCCCAAUGCAGCAGAGAUUAUGUCUGGCAUGAACUAUUUUUUAUCCAGUGUGAUAUCCGCAAGGUUUAUGUUUGUCAUUCGGCCACGUAUCUCAUGUUUAUUUUCUUUCGAGCAGCAGCUAGUCGUGGAUCAGACGAAGAUGCACUCUGUUGUGAAGCUAAAUAAGUUUCAAAAUGUAGCAUGCUUGAAGAUCAUGCGUGUGGGACUUGGAACUCUUGUAUGGGCACUUAUUGUCCUUGGAGGUGCUUCACUGGUUGGCCGAGUAGUCCAUGUGCUAAGUGUGGAUGUGGAGGAAGAAGUUGGUGACCAUGAGAGCCAUACAAAUAGACACAGCCAGAGUGGCCAGCCUCAGCUGAAAGCAGAGAGUGACCACCUCAUGUGGUUUAUACAGGUUUCAGACCUGCAUUUAAGUGUAUUUCAAGACCCAACACGCUCAGUGCAUUUACGAGAGUUUGCUUCCUUCACCAUUAAGACUGUGAAACCUGCAGUAGUCCUUGCUUCAGGUGACUUAACAGAUGCCAAAACUGUUGACAGGCUGGGAUCAAAACAGUAUAUAGAAGAGUGGGCAACAUACCGUGAUAUUAUUCAAACCUCAGGAAUUCUCAAUGACACUGUCUGGCUAGACAUCAGAGGAAAUCAUGACAACUUUAAUGUUCCAUCCCUAGCUAGUGAAGCCAACUUUUAUCAAAGCUACAGCAUUCAAGGAAGACAGCGUCACCAGCGCUCUUAUAUGUACAUACACAAAUAUGGAUAUGAUUCAGUGGCCUUCAUUGCUGUUGAUGCUUGUCUUCUUCCAGGGCCCAAAAGGCCAUUUAAUUUUAUUGGUAUGCUUACAAACAAAGAAAUGAAGCUACUUCAAGAAUUUGAUACUGCCAGCCGCAAGAGUAAUUACUCUGUGUGGUUUGGCCAUUAUCCGACCUCUUGUAUACUCUCCCCUGAGCCAGGGAUUCGUCGAGUCAUGGGCCAUGGGCUGGCAUACUUAUGUGGCCACCUACACACCCUAGGAGGACUUGCACCAAAUAUGUAUACCAGGCAGCAAACUGGUUCAUUAGAACUAGAAUUAGGCGACUGGAAGGAUGGCAGAUGUAAUUUUCGAGUAGCUGCAAUAGACCAUGGUCUGUUUUCUUUUACGGAUGUGACGCAUGGCACAUGGCCCAUUAUCCUUGUCACCAACCCCAAGCACGCUUUAUUUGCCAUGCCCCUCCACGAACCACUGCACCUCUUGAGGGAAUCUUCGCAUAUCAGGGUGCUGAUUUGGUCACUAGCUCCCAUUGUAGAGGCUAGAGUUAGACUGGAUGAGUCCCAGUCGUGGCUUGUACUUUCCCAUGUAGAAGGACCAUUGUAUGUAACUAAAUGGAAUGCUGAGAGAUAUGCAGAUGGAUACAUUCACUAUUCCAAUUCCUGUUUGUAUCAUGAACGCCGGAUGGUACGACCACGUCUUAAGUGGUCAUUUGUAACACCAUAUUACGGAAGCUGUAAAUGGAAUAUUAAAGAGGUUAACCCACUUACAAUGGGUGUCGCACAUAUGAGACACCUGGAAAAACAAACAUUACCCAGCGUCCCGCAGUGUGACACUAGAUUAGAGCUUUACCACCAUCUAAGGUUCAGUAAAGGUACAAGCCUGGCAUCCCUAAAUGUUAACAGGGUCAUAGCAAAGUAUAUGUAUAUAUAUGCAUUAGUCAUGGACUGCUACCAUUCUCUGUAUUUGGUGGUGUCUGCAAAUGUGAAGGAUUGUUGGUAUUACCAGACACUGAAUGUAGAGAAAAUACAACCUGUCCUUAUCUCUUUUAUGCUUCCUGGAUUACAGGCUUUGGAUCCAUUUAUGCUUCAUUAUGAAGAGCCUUAUGUUUUGAAAAUAUUUCACAGGUUCAUCAUUAUAUUCAGGUUGAUGGGACAAGUUGUAGAUGUUUUCAGUAUGGUUAUCCAACCAUUAGAUACUCUUGACCAUUUCAACAUAAGGAAUACACAAAACAAUGAAGGAAUAGGAACAGUAUAUUUUGACAUACAGUUAGCAUCAGUUAUAAUUUUGUUCAAGAAAUCCAGGCUUGUAGCAAUUGAGAGUGAAAUCCAUGAAAGGAUGUCUCCUGAUGAUUUGAUGUGCUUUAGUUCAUUUUCCCACCUAAAACUUAAUCAAUACUCAAAAUAUUGGAACACAGAAAGCACAGUGAUGCAAAAGCAUAUAACACCAUAUUGGUGUGGAUUUGCAUGGGGGACCUUUGUCAACAGAAGCUACCUACCUGGGUCUCUCACUUAUGCCUAUGGAUUCUUUCAGAUGGUGGUCUUCCAAGUACCACUCAUUAUGGCAGUUUCCCAUUGCAUUGACCUACGUGUGUUGCUGUGUCGGGGUCGCGCUCUGACUCAGCAGUGGGCUGCGACCGGCGGGCGGACAGACUCCGGGGAAGCUCUGCCCACUGAUUGUUGUAGCUGCCUGGAUUUUUUUAUUUUGGCUACAAAAUGCACCCGGCGUGACUGGUUUAAACUAAAAAUUACUUUCAAAAGUGAUUUCGGUCAUUGUACAUAAGCCCCAUCUGCAGUUUCCCCCAGUACCUUUGGCGACAUAUUUGUUUGCUGAUAAUUAUUACAAGUCAGAUGAUCUCAGCUUACUUCUUUUGGUUGGCGUAUGGCACGAUGGCAC